GGGGCACCGGCACUGCCCGGCUGCAGCUCCUCCGCACUGACCACAGAGGGACCGGAGGAUGCCCACGCACCGGCACUCGGUCGAUAAGAUGAGGAGACACUCCUGCUUUGUUUUUUUGUUCUGUGGGAUAUUUUUGCCUGGAAUCCUUGGUUUUCCACAGACAAAUACCUCAAUUGAUUGUGAUUCUCUGUUACCAAACUAUGAAGCUGAACCACAGACAUCUGCACCGCCAUAUAUUAUUGCUGUAUCUUUCGAUAACUUUGAGCCAGGAAAUGAAGUCCAAGUAACUCUAGAAGCACUUGGAGAUGCUGGGUUUAAAGGAUUUAAUCUACAAGCUCGAGAAAUCGAUGGAGAUGUUCCUGUUGGUACUUUUAAAAUUACAGAUCCAAACACAAAAGGCUUGGAAUGUCAUAACAUGACGAAUUCAGCAGUAAUUAAUGCCAAUUCAGAUGUGAAACAGAAGGUUACAACAACAUGGAUUGCUCCACAGAAUGUUAGAGAGCUUCAAUUUAUUGCAACUGUUGUUCAAAAUCUAGAGAACUUUUGGGUUGGAAUUCAAAGCAAAAGUCUCACACCUAUGCAUUCUGAGUCAGUUAAUGCGACAGGAAAAAGUAAAAGGAAGCUUAUGAUAGAAUUAGAAUGUAGCAAGCGUGGAGGGACUUACUCAACAGGCCGAUGCAUCAUGGUUGGACCUUCUGGUUCUUCUCAGAACAGCUAUUCAGGCAGUCAGGGUGGAGUAGUCUACACAAUAAGCAAGAGUGGAUGUACACCUGGAGGUGCUGCUGGUGCAUAUGGCCUACAAGCCUGCAGAGAUAGUGCAUCCUCAUCCGGCAGUGGUCUUACUUAUGGCCAGUCUGUCCCUUCAAGCAGUUCAGAUUCCAGUAAGAAGGUAGUGGUCGUUGCCAACAGCAACCCUUUUCCACCUGUGCGUCACACCUUCCCUCAGAGUUUGGGAAGCUCUGCUACAAGGAUCAUAGUACAGAGUGGACAAAAACAGCAAACUAGCAGCAAUACUUAUAUUCAGGGUUCCCAAGGCAGCCAGUCCUAUAGUCAGGGCUACAGACCUCAAGGUGGCAGUUCCUAUGGCCAGGGUGGAUCAAGUUUCUCAGGCAGCAGCAGCUCCUAUGGCCAGGGUUCCCAAGGCAGCCAGUCCUAUAGCCAGGGUUCUCAGCCUCAAGGUGGCAGUUCCUAUGGACAGGGGUACCAACCUCAAGGUGGCAGUUACCAACCUCAAGGUGGCAGUUACCAACCUCAAGGUGGCAGUUCCUAUGGCCAGGGUGGAUCAAGUUUCUCAGGCAGCAGCAGCUCCUAUGGCCAGGGUUCCCAAGGCAGCCAGUCCUAUGGCCAGGGUUCUCAGCCUCAAGGUGGCAGUUCCUAUGGACAGCAGGGUGGAUCUGCAGCUUAUUUUGGCAGCAGUGGCUGUGGACAAGGUGUCUCCUAUGAUAGCAAUCCCUGCCACCAGGGUGGAUCACAGGGUGGUCAGGAUGAUUCAUACUCCUCACAAAACUAUGGCGGUAGCCAACAGAGUGGAUCAUCAUCCUCCCAAAAUUAUGGUGACAAUCAGGAUGGAUCCUACUCACAAAACUAUGGUGGUGGCCAAGGUGGAUCAUCCUCAGACACCUAUUAUGAUAAUCAAGAGUCACAAGAUUCCUCAUAUGAUAAUAAUCCCAAUGCAUGUGAUGAUAACGGAAGUACCUACAGUGUCAAUAGUCAGCGUUCUGGUUGUGCAAAGAAGAAAGUUGUUGCCCGAGACACAUCACAUGUUUUAAGCAGAAGAGCCAAUGAUGUACAGAAUGCAUCUUCUCCUUCAAAUAGCAGCCAUUCUGACAUGCAGGGUGGAUCAUUUAUUGCAACCGGUGGAUCAAGUAAUCAGGGUGGUUGCAUUUGUCCUGAUGGCAGCAGUGGUCACAGAGAGGGAGCCCCAGGUUCUUCAUACAGCACAUAUUCUGGUAACCAGGGAGGGCCUUUCUUCUAUCCUGGAGGAUCCUAUGGACAGGGCGGCCCAGGUUCUUCCCACAGUUCUUACUCUGAAAACCAGGGAGGGCCUUCCUACUAUCCUGGUGGAUCUUACGGACAGAGAGCCCCAGGUUCUUCAUACAGCACAUAUUCUGGUAACCAGGGAGGGCCUUUCUUCUAUCCUGGAGGAUCCUAUGGACAGGGCGGCCCAGGUUCUUCCCACAGUUCUUACUCUGAAAACCAGGGAGGACCAUCCUACUAUCCUGGUGGAUCUACCUAUGGACAGGGAGGGUCUUCUUCUUAUGAUGGUAGCAGUGAAUCCUAUGGUCAGGGUGGAUCUUCUGUAUAUAGUGGUUCUGAGGCUUAUGGCCAGGAUUCACUUCCCAUAGGAGGCAGUGAAACCGAAGACAGUGAUUCCUCCUCACCAUCCGGUAGCCGCCAGAGUGAACGGGAUUUUUAUUCCCCAGGAGGCAGCCAGUCAGGUGGACAUGGGUCAUCUUCUCAAAGUGGUAGCUACUCUACUGGACAGGACUCAACCUCAUCUGGAAGCAGCCAGUAUGGUGGGCAGGGUUCACCUUCUGCAGGAGGCAGCCAGGCUGGUGGACAGGGUGGAUGUGAUUGUUCUGGGGGAAGUCCUGGUGAAUCCUCUAGUUCAGUCAGAAGUGAUUCCUCUGCAAAUGACACAUCUUCGUCUGGAGGCAGCCAGUACAACAGCCAGGAUUCAUAUUCCUCUGGAUCUAGCCAGUAUGGAGGACAUGAGUCAUCUUCUUAUGGAGGCAGCCAGUAUGGUGGACAACGUUCACCUUCCUCAGGAGGCAGCCAAUAUGGUGGACAGGGUUCACCUUCUUCAGGAGGCAGCCAGUAUGGAGGCCAGGGUCCAUUUUUCUCAGGUGGCAGACCUUAUGGAGGACAGGGUAUAGCUUCUUCAGGAAGCAGCCAGUAUAGUGGACAGGGCUUUUCUUCAGGAGUCAGACAGUCUGGUGGACAGGGUGGGUGUGUGUGCCCCGGUGGAGGUUCAGGCUCUUUUGCAGGAACCAACUACCAUGCUGGACAGGGUUCAUAUCCUGGAAGCAGUCAGUAUGGUGGUGGACAGGGAUCUUAUCCCUCAAGAGGCAGCCAAUAUGGUGGGCAGGGCUCAUAUCCUUCUGGAGGCAAACAGGGUAAACCAGGUUCCUCUUCCUCAGGAGGCAGUCAUCAAGGAAAGCCAGGUGGCUCUGGCUCAGGAAGCACUUACUCUGGGAAACCGCAUUCGCCCUACUCAGGUGGCAGUCAAGUGAGCUCUGCUGGGAAACACUCUUCUCCCCAACUCCUGAUGUUAUUCAGUGUUCUGAGUGCCUUUGCUCUCUCUGCUGCUGUAUCAAAAUGGUCUAUAUGAACUUAAGUGUUACUUGACAUCCUAAACACAGAUUAUAAUCUGUAUUAUUAGAUUACUUAAUGUAAGAAAGAAAAUACCAUUAAGUCAAAUUGGCAGAUGCUACUUGACUGUUAUGUUGCAUGUCUAGCUGGUAUGUCAUGCCCCUCAUUAGUUUACCUAUGGUUUUAGUCAUUAGUAGUUAUCAUUAGUUGUGUCAGUGUUUUAGGCAUCAUUUUAAGAGAGCAUAUGGCACCCUACCUAUAGGAUUUAUUUUUAUUUCCAAUAGGGAAUGAGAUGAACACCUACCUAAUAUGAUUGGUGUGACAAAUGAAUACUUAGGGAAAUACCUGUUUAUUAACCAAAGUGGACAAGGGAAAUAAAUUGUUGUAUAUGCAAACUGAGCACUGUGCCUAGUAAUCAUCACAUAAGGUAAGGCUAAUGUAAAUUUCUGAUAAGCAGUUCUCCAUGGGACAGAAGGAAAGAUGCUGAAGUAGUAUCAGAGCAUUGGUUUUAGUCUUUUGUAAUCAAAUGCAAAUUCAAUAUGGAGAUUGCAAAGCAAAAAAAACCCCAAAACUCCACAGGUCUGAAUUUUUGGGGGGUUAAUUAAAGUUUAUUCAUUAGAAAAAUGAAACAGCUCAGAGCAAAAACAUUAUGAACUCCAUUCAAACCAACUGCAAACACCUAGCAUUCUGUAGGGUAGCAUAUGAGGCACACGUACCCCACAUUAGGCUGAUGAACUAAAAGCUGCGGAAAAAGAAAGCCUUUUUCCUUGGAAGGAAUAGAAAAAAUAAUUAAAUUCAUAAAACUAAUACCAUCUUGGCUUCCUUCUUCAAUUAUUUAGUUCAACCUCGUGUAUCUGAAAGGUUAAUUUCGUGAGUGCAUCUACAAGCAGGUACAUCAGUGUGCUCGCUGAAAUACCAGGGCCCGUUUUUGAGCUCAGCAGCAGUUCCACACCUUGCAGCAAACUCUUCCGGAGCUCUCAGAGCCACCUUCUGUUUGGUGUUAACAAAAUGCAUUCACACAAGGCAUACUUUUAAUGAAUGUGUUAUUGAACAUGUGCCUGCUAUUAAAAUUACCGUUAUUAG